AUGGACGACGUCCGAUCGCGGGGAAUUAGCCCGACUCACAUACGAGAACCUGACACUGUCCAAGUGGAGGCGGUUGAGGCAACUACAAAUGCGCAGAUCUGCGGCUACUUUUCUCAUAAUACGGACUACAAGGCAGGCUGCGCGUCACCGUCCACCUGCAGCACUCCCACCGGCGGCAAAUCAUGGGGCUGUUGCGACGAGACAAGCUGCUACAUCCCCGCUACAUGCGAGGAUGCUUCGGUUCCAGAUUGUGGAGGCACUGCUGCGUCACUCUGCCCUUACUCUCCGAUAAUGAAAUGGGCCUCUUCGCGGUGUCUCUACUUCAUUUACCAAACCGCUUCUGACGACAACGCUAAACUUACGUCUUGGGGCUGCGGGGAGACGCCGACGACAUACAUCAUCGGACCGCUGCAAGUCGAGCAAACAGCAGCAGCAACGGCCUCGACCAAGGACGAGAGCGACUCAAGCUCUGGCCCUUCAAAAGAGGCUACGAUUAUUCUCGCGGUGAUUCUCCCAGUUGUAGGGUUGGCGAUUCUUGUAGCUACAACUAUAUUGUUACUCCGGCGACGGAAGAAGAGAGCGAGCAACGUGAUCACUGCGCCCAGUCAAGGUACAAGAUCUGAGAUGGGGCAGACUACAGAUUGUGCGCCUGCCCCUGCACCAUCUGAAGAUGCCUUACGGCCUGAACUAGAUAGCCGUGAAAGGAAAACCACAAGCACUGGUGCGGCUAAGCCCAAAUGGGUAGGCGAAUAG